UGCUUGGCCGCCGGGGGGACAGGCGGGCAUUUCCAGGCAGGUGUCGCCGGUGGCUCGGGUGCCCUCACUGGGCAUCCCCCAGCCUUCUGGGCACGUGCCGUGCCCCCGGCGGCCCAGCCGGGCCACAGGUCGAGCGCGCUCCGGGCGGAGGGUACUCAGUGGGGCGGCCCACGAGCACCUCGUGCCAGACGUGCACUCGCGCGUCCGUUCCACGCUCCUGGGCCUGUCAGCUAGAAAAGUCCUCAUCCCGGGACAGGUCUGGUUUUGGAGGACGGCUGAGACCGCUGUAGGACCCGGUUGGGGUAGUGACGUUUGAGCAGGAUUGUGAGAACCACUGCAGGACUUGUGAGAGGAUAGAGGGGCCUUUGCAGAAAACAAGAUUAUCUUCUUAUCCAAAAAGAUGAAACCAACGGGGUUACUAUCAAAAGGCAACCAAGUGAGCACCACAGACUAAUGUGUAGAAUCAAUAAGAACGUGAUUUUGGCGCUUUUAACUUUGACAAGUUCUGCAUUUCUGCUGUUUCAGUUGUACUACUACAAGCACUAUUUAUCAGCAAAGAAUGGAGCUGGUUUGUCAAAAUCCAAAGGAAGCCGAAUUGGAUUUGAUGGCACACAAUGGCGUGCAGUUAAAAAAUUUGUUAUGCUAACAUCGAGUCAAAAUAUUCCUGUGUUCCUUAUUGAUCCUUUGAUUCUGGAAUUGAUUAAUAAAAACUUAGAACAAGUCAAGAAUACUUCUCAUGGCUCCACUUCAGAAUGCAGGUUUUUCUGUGUUCCAAGAGACUUUACUGCAUUUGCACUACAGUACCAUCUAUGGAAGAAUGAGGAAGGCUGGUUUCGGAUAGCUGAAAAUAUGGGAUUUCAAUGUCUGAAGAUCGAGAGCAAAGACCCCCGGCUCGAUGGGAUAGAUUCACUUUCUGGAACUGAAAUCCCCCUGCACUACAUCUGCAGGUUGGCCAGUCAUGCCAUCCACGUGGUGGUUUUUCAUGAGAGGAGUGGCAACUACCUCUGGCAUGGCCAUCUGCGGCUCAAAGGACACAUUGACAGGAAAUUUGUCCCUUUUCGAAAGUUAUCAUUUGGUCGUUAUGCUGGAGCUUUUGACAGGCCAGAGUUACAACAAAUUACUAUUGAUGGAUUAGAAGUUCUCAUUCCAAAGGAACCAGUGCACUUUCUAGAAGAAAUACCACACUCUAGAUUUAUUGAGUGUAGGUAUAAAGAAGCUCGAGCAUUCUUUCAGCAGUACCUUGAUGAUAACACUGUGGAAGCUAUGACCUUCCGGAAGAGUGCAAAGGAGUUGUUGCAACUAGCAGCCAAAACGUUGAAGAAAUUGGGAGUGCGGUUCUGGCUGAGCAGCGGAACUUGUCUAGGAUGGUAUCGGCAGUGCAACAUUAUUCCUUAUAGUAAAGAUGUUGACCUAGGAAUUUUUAUUCAGGAUUACAAAUCUGAUAUUAUUUCAGCAUUUCAAGAUGCAGGACUUCCACUCAAACACAAAUUUGGGAAGGUGGAAGACAGCUUGGAACUAUCAUUCCAGGGAAAAGAUGACGUAAAACUUGACAUUUUUUUCUUCUAUGAAGAGACUGACUAUAUGUGGAAUGGAGGCACUCAGGCCAAAACAGGAAAAAAAUUUAAAUACCUGUUUCCCAAGUUUACUCUGUGCUGGACUGAGUUUGUAGACAUGAAGGUUCAUGUGCCCUGUGAAACCAUCGAGUACAUCGAAGCCAACUAUGGAAAGGAAGCUAAGUCCUGCAUUGUAUCUAGGCUGCUUACGACUACUUUGUGGACCAGAUUGGCAGAUUUCCCUCUAAAACUAGAGGAUAAUGCAGAUGUCAGAAAUGGAAACCAGAAGGUCCGAGAGAAUGGGCUGAUGGUUUUCCCAAGAACAGAGCUGGGAAAACCUACAACCUACAGCUAACCCACUCCAAAUUCUAAAAACAACAAAACUUUUUCGAUAAAUGAUAACCAGUGACCUUCCUCUCUUAGGAUGAGCUUUCAGUAAAUAGUUAUUAGGUCUUUUCAUAAAUAACAUAACGUUUUCAGGGACCUUUAUAGAUUACGAGUAAACUUGUCCCCAGAUGACAGGCCAUUGUAAUGAGCUUUCUCUUUGCUACAAAAUCAGCCCAUAGGAAUCAGACCCAAAUUCUAAAUAGCUGAACCUAAUUUUUUUUCAUGGUUGAAAAAAAUAUAACAAAUAAAUACUAGUGUUCCUGAGCAAAAUCUACCCUGUUUCGUGAGGACCAUUUACUCAUGCUUAGUGUCCAAAAGUGCAUAAACUACAUGUUUCUGCCCAUUUCAAACUGGGACUCCCACUGUUUUCCAGGGGGUCUUGCUCAUACCCUAUUUAGAUUAUUAUUAUUUUUUUAUAUGUCCCUGGAGUCCAAGGUCUUGAAGUGUUCAAAAAUCUAAGCUUUCUUGGCCGCAUUGACAGAGGUUCCAAAUCCUUCCCUCCAUAGACCACUCUAAGAACACCUUUUUGACUGUCUUCUGGUUUCACAGGCUUCAGAUCUUGGGUCCUACCCUCCCUUGGGAGAAUGAAACCUUUUCCCAAACUCUGAAGACCAGGCUUGCUCUGAUACAGAUUCAGUUAUACUUCAUCCUAUGCUCCUUAACCAUUACACUCUGCUCAGUGUCCACAGACCUUGGCUCCACCAUCAACACCUCAUCAGAUCACCUUUCUUUCCUCACGUGACUAUUCCAACAAUAAUUCUCCUAAUCUGACCAUUUCCAGGUACAGUUUGCCUGCCUUGCCAGGAGAAAACUUCUUAUAUUAACUUGUAGGAAGCUAGGCACCCAUGGAUGUUCCCAGAGAGGUCCUGAGAGACAAGAUAGACAACUUCUCAGUUGACAGCCAGGUGGCCAUUCGGACCUUCUCUAAGCAGGGAGCACUGUCCUUCUCUCCUCUGCUGCAGCUGCUGACCUCUGGACCCUCGAGUUAAACCUCAGUUCUCCAAAUUGAGUAUCCCUGAGAAGCUGGGCAGUGGGACAAACCCUGAAAUAUGACCACUAGAUGGCAGAAUGUCUGCCACCAUUCCCCCCAAAACAAGUUAGCACUCAGGUGAAAAUCAUCCAGCUUUUGAAUCUUAAAAGCCAGAGGGGGGCCUCACUGCGACAUUUAUUUUAUGGCUCAAUGAAAAAGAACAGAAAGGAGUGAUUUGAGCAAGAAGCAGUUGAGGCCCUCACUCAAGAGAACCAUGAGUUCUAGCACGUGAGUGUUUCAUCGAUCACACCACAGCAUCUUUAACCCUGCUUGACAUGCUUGACAGAGGAGCUUCCAGGAUGUUUUUGCCUUUCCCCACUUAAUAUCUUCUGCUCAGAUUGAGAGCCUGAGGCAACAAAGGAGGAGUAUUUCUUUCUCGUCCAAAAUGCUUACACUGUCGUCAUACCUUUAUCUGAAAAAUACCUUAUCUCCAAAACGUGAAACUGUUCAUGUUUGGAGGCAUCAGCCUUUGACCAUCAUACUCUUAAUAUUAGGAUCAGUCUGCUAAGUGCCCAUUUCUGAAGGGUGCAUUCUCUUCCUCUUUAUCGAUACUCUCUUAUGGAUGCAAGUAAUUGAGAAUAGAUUGUGCUCACUUAUUUAUUUUUUUCUUUCUGACCAUAAACCAUUGUUUCUAGCUGUACAGGCUACAAAGCUUCAAAUGGCACACAGGAGAGCAAGAUGUGAGAUAGGAAAGCAGGGGUUUAGAGGCUGGGGACCAGAGCUGCAUCUGGGAAACACAGUGGGAAUGAAUUCCCACAGUCCAGCCUGAACUCUCACCCAGUGUCAAAAGCCUAAGGCUUCAAGUUUUCCUAAGUCUCCCCCUAGUUUCACCUUCUGGAAAAUGAACAGUUCUUUCAUUUUCAGUGUUACAAAUCCCCAGGGGAAAUUUCCCCUCAAAACCUACUGUCAGAGAAAGUGCCGUGUUCCCACCUUCUAACAUGUAAUCAUCAUUUGUAAACACUUUAAAACGUGGAGGAAACUCUAGUUCCUGACCACUCAAAAAGAUUUCUCUGAAGAAAGUUGCGGUGGCUGUUUUUGUUUCCUCCUCCUCUUUCUCUGUCAUUAGGACCCAGGCUAGUCACCUCUGACAUCUUACUUAGGGAAAGUGGCAUGUUAACAUAAAAGGGCUGCAAACUUUUGAAUUAGGCGUGAGUUGGAAUCCCAGCUUCACUGUGUGGAAUUUGUGGUGGGGGCCCUCCUGGCCUCAAGUUCCACAUGAGUGACUUGGGGAAAUGAUGGAUACUUCUAAGGGUUUUUGGUUAGAAUUAAAUGAAAUAUAAAGUGCUUAAUGUCAGAUCUAGGAUCAGGUGAGUACUCAAAAAAUGUUCCAUUUCUUACUUUCAAGUCCUUUUUAAAAUUAUUCUUCAAAUGGGAUUAAAGAAACUAUGGUAGGACACAAUCUUACUCACAAUUAAGUUGCUGAAUGAAUGAAUUCAUGACUGAAUUUGCUUAGGGAAAAAACUGUUUUAUUGUAACAAGGCAAAGGACAAAUUGUAUAGUUUAUGAAUUCAGAGAUAUUACCAAGUUGCCUGCUUCUCUGAAUAGAACAUGUAUUUUCAUUUUAUUGGUCACGGUGUUAUCUUCUAGGGUCUCCUUAUGCCAUGCCAUAUGCUACCUAGUUCCUGGGUCCCAAGCAGCUCACUCUCUGUGCUGCCCUAGGUUUGGUGCCCACUCUGCCCUGGACUUCUUUUUCAAUUUUCUAGCUUUUCCUGGAGGCAGACCCUCACCUCCUUGUUAGUAAAUCUCUGCCUAGCCAAAAUCAGACAUAAACCAUGAUUUGGAAGGGGAGAGAACCUGGAAUACUUGAUUUCAUUUAAGUAUCCAUACUGAUGAAUGCCUGUGUCAGUAUUAAUAAAGGAGAACUGAAAACACUCACU